UGCUGCGUGAACAGAAAAAUCUGUGCAUGCAGUACAGGCGUGAUACUAGGCCAAUAAUCACUCAUGGACACGUGUAUUUUGUUACGCUUACAAAGGGUCAAAUGUACAUAUUAUAGGCUUGAAAAAUCUGGAGAAUUUCAGACCCUGUGCGAUCGUCGUCAGGUACUAACGAGAAAGUGGCUGUUGCUUACGUGUGACUGAUUUGCGACCGUUAACCGUUGAGCAUGGCCGAGCCGACGCUGUCCCAGCAUCGCAUUUUCUGCUGGUCAACUCCCCGUUCCCUUUCAACGGCCUUCAUGAAAUGUCUGUCGAUGACAGAGGGUGCCAUGGCCUGGAUGGAACCAUUCAGCACAGCGGAGCAUUUUGGUCCCGAGGGACGCCUAGCACCUCCUGAAGAGGUCCCCACCGAGCCUGACUACAAGCCUGUCUGGAUUCAAGAGAAGUUGGAGGGUGACUUUGAGGGUCACAGCUUGGUCUUCGUGAAGGACCUGGCCUAUGCCGUCUCGGACAGGCUGCAGUUUCUCCCAACGGGUUACCGCCAUUCUUUCCUGAUCCGCCAUCCGCUGAAGAGUUACAUGUCCUAUUACCGCUUGUUCGAGAAGAUGUUUGGAGAGGAAGGCAGCGCUCACUUCAAGGGCUGGCUGCCAAGGAAGGGGUUCGGGUACGGGGAGCUUGCAGAGCUCGCUGAUUAUAUUGAGCAAGACCUCGGACAGCCGCUGGUGAUUGUUGAUGCCGACGACAUCCUGAGACAGCCAAAGGUCAUGGUGGAGAAGUACUGCCGCGCUCUGGGGCUGCCAUUCUCCGAUGCCAUCCUGACCUGGGAGCUGGGUAUCCCCAAGAAUUGGAUCGUACCUAAGUCAGUGAGAAAGACAGACGAAGACUACCAUUGGAUGACCACAGUGUUAAGCAGCCAGUCGUUCAACAGCAGUCAUCAGACAACUAUCAGUCAAGAUGAGGUGCCUCAAGUCGUGCAAGAGAUGCUUGAAGUCGCUCUACCCUUUUAUGAUAAACUUUAUGCAAAGCGUCUACUCCCAUCUUAGAAAGAUUUGUUACUAAUGUGGGGAAUCAGUUACUGGAAAUAAAUCUAACCACCCUGACCUCACUGCAGCUGUGAAUUUUCACGUAAACAUAAUGUAGUCCAUUACUGGAAUGAAUAUGUAUUCCUUAUUUAGGUAGAAUAACU